CGUCACCCCGCAGCAAUGGGAACUCGAGCGAGCGCUGAGAAAAUGAGCAACAUUCCCCUUUCACGUUCCGAGGUGUUUGGAGAGCUGAGGAAGGAGCUGCACAACGAUCAUGAGUUCCGACAUUCCGAUGUUCAUGUGUUUAUCAUCAUGGGAGCCUCGGGUGAUCUGGCCAAGAAGAAAAUCUACCCAACUUUGUGGUGGUUGUUCAGAGACGGUCUCCUCCCAGAAAAAACAUUUUUCAUUGGCUUUGCUCGCUCUGACCUGACAGUUGACGCUAUCAGAACUGCGUGCAUGCCAUACCUCAAGGUGGCAGACUCUGAAGCAGAUCGGUUGUCAGUCUUCUUCAGCAGGAACUCAUACAUAAGUGGCAAAUAUGCAGAUGAGGAUUCCUUCUCCAAUCUCAAUAAACACCUUCUCACUCUGCCGGGAGGAUCGGAGGCAAACCGGCUCUUCUACUUGGCUCUGCCACCCACAGUCUACCACGAUGUUACCAAGAACAUAAAGCAGCACUGUAUGGGUGAAAUAGGCUGGACCCGAGUGAUUGUAGAGAAGCCGUUUGGACAUGACCUUCAGAGCUCUGAAGAGCUGUCUGCUCACCUCUCUUCCCUCUUCUCAGAAGACCAGAUCUAUCGUAUAGAUCACUAUCUAGGCAAAGAAAUGGUGCAGAACCUUAUGGUGCUUCGAUUUGGAAACCGCAUCUUUGGCCCUAUCUGGAAUAGGGACAGCGUGGCCUGUGUGGUCCUGACAUUCAAAGAACCUUUUGGCACUCAGGGAAGAGGAGGCUACUUCGAUGACUUUGGAAUCAUCCGAGAUGUCAUGCAGAACCACUUGCUCCAGUUGCUAUCUUUGGUUGCCAUGGAGAAACCAGCCUCCACCAGCUCUGAUGAUGUCAGGGACGAAAAGGUCAAAGUGCUGAAAUGCAUCAACCCAAUUUUAAUGUCAGAUGUGGUGCUGGGUCAGUAUGUGGGUGACCCAGAGGGCGAAGGAGAUGCCAAGUUCGGUUAUCUCGAUGAUCCCACAGUCCCAAAAGGAUCCACUCAGUCCACUUUUGCCACAGCAGUGCUCUAUGUGCACAAUGAGCGCUGGGAUGGCGUUCCUUUCAUCCUUCGCUGCGGAAAAGCUCUAAAUGAGAGGAAGGCCGAGGUUCGGCUGCAAUUCACAGAUGUACCGGGGGACAUUUUUGGAAAUCAGUGUCGCCGCAAUGAGCUGGUGGUCCGUGUGCAACCCAAUGAAGCCGUCUAUGCCAAGAUGAUGAGCAAGAAACCUGGCGUGUACUUCAGCCCUGAGGAGACAGAGCUGGACCUCACCUACAAGAGCAGAUAUAAGGAUGUGAAGCUACCUGAUGCUUAUGAGCGUCUCAUUCUGGACGUCUUCUGUGGGAGUCAGAUGCACUUUGUACGCAGUGAUGAAUUAAAGGAAGCCUGGAGGAUCUUCACUCCGCUCUUACACCAAAUUGACAAAGAGAAGCCAAAACCGAUUCCUUACACAUAUGGAAGCCGGGGACCAGCAGAAGCAGAUGACCUUGUGAAGAAAGUUGGAUUCCGCUAUGAAGGCACUUAUGUAUGGGUGAACCCCAACAAACUUUGAGCUAAGCAGAGUUUAGGGAGUAAUUAGGUUGGUAGGAUAGUUUGAGGGGUGUGCCACGUUUGAGCCACACAGUGUCCCAGCAUGCUUUUACAGAGUGAUGGUUUUCCCAUACUGUGGCUCCAGUUAUUAUAUCUCAGGUAAACAGGUUAUUUGUCUGCGCCACUGCAUCAGGUGUUCAAAAGAGUGAGGAAUUUACAUCAUGACUUUAUCCCACCAUCUGGUUGGUUGUGGGGAACAGGUAACUUAUUUUGGGAACAAAACCAAAUUAUUAUUUUUUUUUUACACAUAAGUCUGAUAAACUGGCUCCCAAGCUCGUCAACUGUCACAUUCAGCAGUCUCAAACUUGACCAAAAAGAUGGUAAUGUAAAACAUUACCACAUGAAGUACUGUGCAGAAGCAAAAGUCAUUAUGAUUGUAUCACCACAAAGCUUUGAUUCCAUUCUUUUUUUCCCCCCCACCUUCUCUCCCUGUGAUCAAAAGAUCGCCUCCUGCAAAUAGACACACGGGAGGAUGCUGAUAGUUUCUUUUGCAGCAUUUUUAUUGGAAUAGUCUUAAGUGUCCUCUCGGGCUAGAAGGCAAGCACUCUCAACAAGCCUCCCUCUGAUUGCAUUCCCUUUUGUUUGCAUGUUCAUACUUAUUCAAGUUCAUUCCAUAUUUUAGAUGUAGAAAAGUGAAGCAGGUUUCCACAUCUUUGAAUGUCCUUGUAAUGACCAACUGUGUGCUGCUCUGUUCUGCACUCAUGUAAUGCUGGCACUACUACUAUAUCUACAUGCGUAAAUAAACUACUUUUGCUUCUGUAUGAA